UUGUUGAACCAGACAUCGGCCAAAAGAUUAGAUAACAUGAAGUCAUCACUCUCAGAUGCUCUCUUCCUUCUAUUCUUCAUCACUACACAGUCAAUCUGCUAUAUAACCACUAACGCUGCUGGUGAAAAUGUAGUGAAAGAUGCUACCGGGAAAAAGGUCCUGAAUGGCGUUCCCUACCACAUUGGUCCGGUGAUAUCGGCCAAUGGUGGAAGAAUCAAGUUAACCGACACGAUGAACAAUAACAAAAUUUGUCCAUUCAACGUGGUGCAGGACCCGGCUGACGUUAACCUAGGUGGGCAGUUCAUGUUCACUCUCAUUGCUAAGAAAAAGUAUCUCCUCACCUCAACCAUUCUUGCCAUUGAUUCGGGGUAUCCAAAGGGUGCUUGUGAGAAGUCGACAUUUUGGACGAUCCCCAAUGUCCUAGAACCACCACCUUCGAGCUUGAUUACAACUGGUGGCCUUUUCGACCAAUCUUUUACAUGUUUCCAGGUUGUGGAGUAUCCUAAGUCAACAAGUCCGAAGGUGCACAGCUACAUGCUUCAACACUGUCCCUCGUUUUGUGGUGCAGGUCCUGGAACAUGCUUUAACGUAAGCAUUUACUUAGACAAGGGGGUCAGGCGUCUUGCUGCCACUGGUGAUACUCCUUUUGAGUUUGUGUUUCAUAAGCUUUCCAAGUAACGUGCCCUUGUUAAUUAAGUCGUAUGUGAUUUUCUGGAGUGCAAAAUAAGGGACAUAUCACAUGAUGUAUGAGCCCAUGUGGACUUUAUUCCACUCAGACUUCGCUCCUAUAAACAAGCUAAUUAAGCUUGUAGUUCAAGUUCA